CCUGGAUUACUUAGAGGGCGAGGACAAUGGAAGCGUUCAGCUAAGAAUGAGUCUAACUGCCCUGAUGAUCCAGUAUCCAGUCAUGUGGAUGCUACUCGUCAUGGCCGAGAGUCUGUCCUGGGAGAGCUGUUGGUAGAAAGUUUUCUUCAACGCUUUAACUUUGUUUGUCGCCAACUGAUUUUUUUAGUACGGGAGUCCAUGGAUUUUUUUUUUUUACCAAAGUCAUACUCUUUAACCCAGAUUUUCUAAAAGUCGCUUAGAAACUUACGUCACCUCCGGUCUGUUCUUGCUGUGGGAAGAGUCGGUUCUUUUCCUUAAGUGGAAUAUUCAAAAAGACCAUCCCACAUAGAAGAAUCUGACCACUUCUCUUUUUAAAAAAACCAGACCAAAACCCAUAUCAAGAACUGGCUUUGUGUAAGCUGCAUGGCCCUGUCAGACAGAGCGUGUUAAGUCUGUCAUUCUCAAACUGGAGAUAGUCAUAAUGUCAGAUUUAAUAAUUGAAAGAGAUUGUUCUCCCUUAAUUGCUUGCUAAAAUGCGCAUUCAGGUUUGAAAAAAUUAAAAAGUAACUCUCCUUCCUCUUGAUCUCCUCAACCUUCACAAUCCCACCGCCAUUUUGAACAACGCCUACCAGGUGUGUCCUUGGAUGUUUAACACACGUGUCAAAGUAGUAGUAUUGGAGCUAUGUAUCGAUCAAUUAAUAUUUAAAAAAAAAAAAAAUAUCAUUUAUUCAGGCACUCAUUUCGUGUCAACGACUCCAAGGUGAAGGCCGGGGAAAAAGAUAAUAAGAUCAAUCCUCCGGAUGUUAGUGAAGUCUCCGUGGAGCAGGAAAGCAUUGUGAGUAAACCGUUGGAAGGCGUCAAAGAAACAGGUAAGAUCCCGUUUGGUAGAAAAUAGGCUCAUCGUAUGAGUGCAUGUGACACGCGUGGCACACGUGGCACUCAUGGCACGAGGUGCCAAGGAAUAACUGAGGGCUUGGCUUGUAUCAGGUUUACGGCUUGGUCACGGGAGCUGUAGGGCGUUGUGCAUUCGGCUUAAGGAAUAGGGGCGUUUGUGCGAGGCUGUUAUUGUAGACUUAUGAUGUCCCUGUGGCAUUGAUGCUGAGCCCGUAGGACUUGUGCAUCAACCAUGUGUCAGAAAUGUAUUAUGGAUGCUUAACCUGUAGGAAUUAUGUAUCAACCAUGUGUCAGAAAUGUAUUAUGGAUGCUGAGCCCGUAGGACUUGUGCAUCAACCAUGUGUCAGAAAUGUAUUAUGGAUGCUAAGUCCGUAGGACUUGUGCAUCAACCAUGUGUCAGAAAUGUAUUAUGGAUGCUGAGCCCGUAGGACUUGUGCAUCAACCAUGUGUCAGAAAUGUAUUAUGGAUGCUGAGUCCGUAGAACUUGUGCAUCAACCAUGUGUCAGAAAUGUAUUAUGGAUGCUGAGUCCGUAGAACUUGUGCAUCAACCAUGUGUCAGAAAUGUAUUAUGGAUGCUGAACCCGUAGGAAUUAUGUAUCAAACAUGUUCUAGAAAUGUAUUAUGGAUGCUGAGCCUAUAGGAAUUAUGUAUCAAACAUGUGCCAUAAAUGUAUUAUGAAUGCUGAGCACUUAGGACGUGUAUAUCAACCAUGUGUCCGGCCAUAAUGAAAGGUUGUUAAUGGAUACGGUCGGGGCUUACCAUCAACGCAUAAGUAUGCGCGCUGAUUAAUGUCCACAGAAACAUUUGAAUGGAUUACUUCGUAAGUCAAAAACAAUUGUGAGACCCGACUGCAGUGAAGAAGAUCCAGUUCACUGCGUCUGAAUAAUUAUGGGUUACUUUAAGGUUUAUUAACUUUUAAGAUUUAAAAAAUCAUUUAGAUAAAAAUUAAUUUAGCUGAAAUUAUAAAUAAUAAGGAGCCAUUAAUAUAGUUUGAAAGUUGGCCGGCACUGCAAGACUAUCAAGGCCACACAGUGGCAAGGUGUUGUAGUGUAACAUGAUCGUGGAGGAGAAGGCUUUAGUGUAGCAAGGUCAUGGAGGUGGGGAUUCUAGUGAAACAAGGUCAUGGAUGUGGGGCUUCUAGUGUAACAAGGUCAUGUAGGUGGAGCAUUUAGUGUAACAAGGUCAUGGAGGAGGGGCUUCUAGUGUAACAAGGUCAUGGAGGUGGAUCAUAUAGUGUAACUAGGUCAGGGAGGAGGGGCGCCGAUUUAUAGAUGGCAGGCCGUCGCCUCAUUCCUCAUAGCUCAAUAAAGUCACUGAUUAUCUCAGCACAGCCCCUGGGUUGAUACGUUCAAAUCCAUUGCCUAUGCUCCACUUGACUUUGUUAAAUAUAUCCUCCCUCUUCUCUUGAUGAUGUCAAGCCUUAUUAUCAUCAAUUCUGUUUCAUCCAAUCAGAUGCCGUUACCUUUAUCAAUGCCAGCAAGUGGUACCGUACCGGGG